UGGGGCCAAGAGCGUCCAGGGCGGAGGGUGACGCGAGGCUGUUUGCGCCGCAGGAAUCACUUUUUAAGCGCUGGUUGGGAGCUUUGCACAAACCCGGUGCAAACCCCGAGCUCACGGAGUGAGUCAGCGGGGCCAGAGCUGGGGGAGAGGGGAAGGUGGGCGAGGAGGCGCAUCGCACCCCAAGGCCGGCGCGGGAGGCGAGGAGGACUCGGUGGCAACUCGGGGUACCCCUAGCGGCUGUCCCCUCCUCAACCCGACAGGCUACAUCUGGGUGCAGGCACCCAGUCACUCCUCUGCCAAUGAAGUACAUCCUGGUCACUGGUGGGGUCAUCUCAGGCAUUGGAAAGGGGAUCAUUGCGAGCAGCAUUGGGACAAUUCUGAAAUCUAGUGGACUCCGAGUGACAGCCAUCAAAAUUGACCCCUAUAUUAACAUUGACGCGGGUACUUUCUCACCUUAUGAGCACGGUGAAGUGUUUGUCUUAAAUGAUGGUGGAGAAGUUGAUUUAGAUCUUGGAAAUUAUGAAAGAUUCUUGGAUAUUAACCUUUAUAAGGACAACAACAUCACCACCGGAAAGAUAUAUCAGCAUGUGAUCAAUAAGGAGAGGCGUGGCGACUUCCUGGGGAAAACUGUGCAAGUUGUCCCUCACAUCACUGAUGCUGUCCAGGACUGGGUUAUGAAUCAAGCCAUGGUGCCGGUGGAUGGUCAUAAGGAAGCGCCCCAAAUAUGCGUUAUUGAGCUGGGUGGCACCAUCGGAGACAUUGAAGGAAUGCCAUUUGUGGAAGCCUUCAGACAGUUCCAGUUUAAGGCAAAAAGACAGAAUUUCUGUAAUAUCCACGUUAGCCUUGUUCCCCAGCCCAGUGCCACCGGAGAGCAAAAAACCAAACCCACACAGAACAGUGUCCGAGCGCUGAGGGGGUUAGGCUUGUCUCCUGAUCUGAUUGUCUGCCGAAGUUCAAAGCCCAUCGAAAUGGCUGUGAAGGAAAAGAUUUCCAUGUUCUGUCACGUCAACCCUGAACAGGUGAUAUGUAUCCAUGAUGUUUCUUCUACAUACCGAGUGCCUGUACUUCUGGAGGAACAAGGCAUUGUUAAAUAUUUUAAGGAGAGACUGGGUUUGCCCAUCGGCGAUUCUGCAAGUAAUUUGCUUUUCAAAUGGAGAAAUAUGGCUGACAGAUACGAGAGGUUACAGAAAACCUGCUCCAUAGCUCUGGUUGGCAAAUACACUAAGCUCAGGGACUGCUAUGCCUCGGUGUUCAAAGCCCUGGAACACUCAGCCUUGGCCAUCAACCACAAGUUGAAGCUGAUGUACAUAGACUCCAUUGAUCUGGAGCAGACCACCAAAUCUGAGGACCCUGUGAGAUUCCACGAAGCUUGGCAGAAGCUCUGCAAGGCUGAUGGUAUCCUUGUGCCAGGAGGCUUCGGGAUCAGAGGAACGUUGGGAAAACUACAGGCGAUUUCUUGGGCAAGGUCAAAGAAGAUUCCUUUUCUGGGAGUUUGCCUUGGGAUGCAGCUAGCAGUGAUCGAGUUUGCGAGAAACUGCCUUGACUUGAAAGAUGCUGAUUCCACGGAAUUUGAGCCAAAUGCCCGUGUUCCUGUGGUAAUUGAUAUGCCUGAACACCACCCUGGCAACUUGGGAGGAACAAUGAGGCUGGGAAUAAGAAGAACCGUUUUCAAGACUGAGAAUUCAAUACUAAGGAAACUUUAUGGUGAUGUUCCUUUUAUAGAAGAAAGACACAGACACCGGUAUGAGGUGAACCCUCGGCUGAUCAACCAAUUUGAGAAGAAAGAUUUAAAUUUUGUAGGUCAGGAUGUAGAUGGUGAGAGGAUGGAAAUCAUUGAACUGGCAAAUCACCCUUAUUUUGUUGGUGUCCAAUUCCAUCCUGAGUUUUCUUCUAGGCCGAUGAAGCCUUCCCCGCCAUAUCUGGGCCUACUACUGGCGGCAACUGGGAAUCUGAAUGCCUACCUACAACGGGGGUGCAAACUGUCUCCCAGUGAUAGAUACAGCGAUGCCAGUGAUGACAGCUUCUCAGAGCCAAGGCUAGCGGAGUUGGAAAUAAGCUGAAACUAACACAUGGCUUGGAAUACUGCCACAGCCCAAUUGGCCUCUGAAGUAACUGAAGCCUAGGUGAAGGAAGCGUCUGAAGGAAUCGCCACACAUUUGUCUGAUCACUCUGUUCUCCACUAAACCUGGGAUGUCAAGCAUUUGAGGGAACCCGACAGUCCCUACUUCCACGAAGCAGGACCAAAGGGGUCCUUUCCGGCCCCUGCAGAGGUGGUCUUUGGUUCCCUCAACAUUCUGUAGCUGAUUAAACUUUUCCCA